AUGGGAGGAGUUACUAUUGCACAUCAACCUAAUAACGAAGAUACCAAUUUCACAAACUAUUCUACUACUGAAGAACAAAUUAAUCAACUGUUAGCCGCUUCUGCUGAAUGGUCUACUAAUAAUUCUAAUAUGCCACCUAUUGAAGAUUUAACAAGUGAGGUUCAAGAACUUAUGAUGAGGGAAUCUGUCAAUUGGCUUCAACCAUGGAGUGAUACUGCUUGUAUUUCUGAUACACAGAUGUAUGCUCAAUCCCUUGAAGAAUUGUUUGGUCAAGAUCAAUUAGAUUUCUCUCAAACUACGACUGCUUUAUAUGAUGAAUUAACUUUUGUUCCUGAUGAUGGUUCACUUAACUUUAGUGCCCCUACAUCUACAGCUUCUUCUCCUAAUCAUUCAAUUGAAGUCAGUCCAAUCGUUCAACCUACUCCUUUAGACGAACUUAAUCAUGUCGACAUUGAAGAAGAAGAAAUGAGUCAACCCCCUUUAAAGCGUAGAAGAAGUUCUGUUUCAAGCGCAACGAGUUCAUCUUCUGAAGAAGAAGAGAGUGAUGAUGAUUCCUCUGAUUCUGAAUCUGAACCUGUGAUACCUACUACUGUUGCUAAUAUGAAUAGUCGUCGAGCCGCUUAUUCUUCAGAUGAUGAUUCUGAUCUCGAACAACCUCGUCCUUCUACUACUUAUAUGUAUAUGCAUAAACGUCAAAUUGAAGAAACUUUACUAGAUCGUAUUACAAACCACUUAGAUCCUGAAAGAUUACCUGGUAUUUUACCUAUUUUGAUGCCUGAACAUGCUGUCAAUCAAGAUGAGGAAGUUGAGAUUGAUUUAUCUUGUUUAGCUCGUGACCAGUUAGUUCAAGUCUUAUCCUAUGUAGAUGCUUGUAUUUUAGAACAACAAGGUGGUCCAUCUGUAAAUAUUGAGGAUUAUAUUCAAAAGAAAAAACAACCUACAUCAUCCACAACAACAACAACAACAACAAAAAGAAGAAGAAGAAGAAAGCCAAAGAGACCUAUGACAAAAACAAGAGCUGAAUUAACAGAAGAGAUUGAUGCUGAUUUAUCGUCAGAAGAAGAAGAAGAGGAGGAGGAAGAGGGAGAGGAGGAUAAUGAGAGUGUGAUACGUUCAAAACAUCAUGGUCCUAUUUCGAUGGCUUCCUUAUCAAAAAAGAACAAUACAGUACCUUCUAAAAAAAGAAAUUCCCCUAAAAGGUCUUCUACAUCAGCACGUCGACGUAAAACCAAAAAGAAUCAAGAUGAUGCUCUUGUGGCAUCUCAUGUGACAGUAUUCCAAGAUCCUGAUAGCAUUGCUUCUUCUCGACCUAAACGACAUGCUGCUGUGCACAAACGUCGUUUAUUAGAGGAUAUGUUGGCUCCCUCAGAUGAAGAAGAAGAAGAAGAAGAGAAUUGUCCUUUAGUUGUGUUUGGAGAUGAAAAGAUGGAUUUUGGUAUUGUUGAUAACUGUACUAUUGCACAUGAUAGUAGUCCAGUGAUAACGACAAAAACUGAAGAAAUCCUAACUACAAGUGCGGUGGCAGAUGAAGCGAAUGAAGAUACUGAUGAAGAAAUUGAUAUCAUGUUUUAA